CCCCCUGAAACAGGGGAAUCCUGGUUAGAAAGCGUCUUUUGAAUUACUAUAUUCUCUGUUCGAAGAUAUAUAUCUCUCUGGAAUGGUGGCAUACAUAACGAUGUGGAGAUGGAGCUGUUGGUUGAUCGUAAUCAUGUUAAUAUUCGAAUCGGGUUCAAAGAUGGCAGAAUCAAUGCGGUUCGACAUGCACUCAGGGGAGACCAAAUGCAUAUCUGAGGACGUCAAGGCCGACACCAUGUCCGUGGGAUCUUAUAGCAUUGUUGACCCUAUCAAAGGUGAUCCCAACGUCACUGUCAGGUUUUUUGGGUUGCAGGUAACAUCACCCCAUGGGGUAAGUUACCAUUACGGGGAUAAGGUGGAGAAGGGUACUUUUGCUUUCACAGCAUCAGAAAAUGGACCCUACUCUGCAUGCUUUUGGUCACCUCUGCACAAACCGCCACUCACCACCAUCGUUGAAUUCGAUUGGAGAUCCGGCGUUGAAGCUAGAGAUUGGUCUAAUGUCGCCAAGAAAGGCAACAUUGAAGCUAUGGAGAUUGAGUUGAGGAAGCUGUCGGUUACAGUAAGAAAUGUUCAUGCAGAAAUGUACUACCUCCGCGAUAGAGAAGAGGAAAUGCAAGAACUGAACCUGUCGACCAACUCGGAAAUGGCUAUCAUGGGUUUCUUAUCUCUCGUGGUCUGUGUAUCUGUGGCCGGUUUGCAGUCGUGGCAUCUCAGGAAUUACUUUGAGAGGAAGAAGCUUCUCUAGGGUUUGUUAUAUAGCUUUCCCCGUGUAUUAUGCAGCAUUGCAGGAAGCUAGCUAGCUGCACAUAGUCCCGAAGUUACUGUUACAUAUGGUUUAACCACCGUCC